CCCGCCCCUCCCGGUGCGGAUGGCCGGAGCCGGCGAUCAUGGUCGCCACCUGCUUUCCUAGCCAAGGUUCCGCUGCCCUGGCAGGGUUGCUGCUCUUGUCCUUCGGCAGCUGGGCCGCUAGUCAGAUCGAGGAUCAAGCAGAACAGUUCUUUAGAAGUGGCCAUACAAACAACUGGGCGGUUUUGGUGUGUACAUCACGAUUCUGGUUUAAUUAUCGGCAUGUUGCAAAUACUCUUUCUGUUUAUAGAAGUGUCAAGAGGCUAGGUAUUCCUGACAGUCACAUUGUUCUGAUGCUUGCAGAUGAUAUGGCAUGCAACCCUAGAAAUCCCAAGCCAGCUACAGUGUUUAGUCACAAGAAUAUGGAACUCAAUGUGUAUGGAGAUGAUGUGGAAGUGGAUUAUAGAAGUUAUGAGGUAACUGUGGAGAAUUUUUUACGGGUAUUAACUGGGAGGAUCCCACCUAGUACUCCUCGGUCAAAACGACUUCUUUCUGAUGAUAGGAGCAAUAUUCUUAUUUAUAUGACAGGACAUGGUGGAAAUGGCUUCUUGAAAUUCCAAGAUUCUGAAGAAAUUACCAACAUAGAACUUGCAGAUGCCUUUGAACAAAUGUGGCAGAAAAGACGCUACAAUGAGCUACUGUUUAUUAUUGAUACUUGUCAAGGAGCAUCCAUGUAUGAACGAUUUUAUUCUCCUAACAUAAUGGCUUUAGCUAGUAGCCAAGUGGGAGAAGAUUCACUCUCGCACCAACCGGAUCCUGCAAUUGGAGUCCACCUUAUGGAUAGAUAUACAUUUUAUGUCUUGGAAUUUUUGGAAGAAAUUAAUCCAGCCAGCCAAACUAAUAUGAAUGACCUUUUUCAGGUAUGUCCCAAAAGUCUGUGUGUGUCUACUCCUGGACAUCGCAUUGAUCUUUUUCAGAGGGAUCCUAAAAAUGUUCUGAUAACUGAUUUCUUUGGAAGUGUACGGAAAGUGGAAAUUACAACAGAGACUAUUAGUUUGCAACGCAAUUUAGGAAUCAUGGAAAGCAGCUAUACGGAAGACCAAAUGGAUGAGGAACUAAUGGAACCUCUGAAAUAUGCUGAACAACUUCCUGUAGCUCAGAUAAUACACCAGAAACCAAAGCUGAAAGAUUGGCAUCCUCCUGGGGGUUUUAUUCUCGGGCUGUGGGCACUCAUUAUCAUGGUUUUCUUCAAAACCUAUGGAAUCAAGCAUAUGAAGUUCAUUUUCUAGAUGUGAUGAAAUAUGAAAAAGGCUGCAUGGAAGACUACAACCUCACAUACAAAUUUAUGUCAUUGUAUCUUUUUAAAAAUACAUUACUCUUGUGUUAAUUGAGCAAGAAGUAUAAGAAAACUGUAAAUUUGAGUGACCUAUUGAUUUUAUACCUUAAAGGAAAAAUAACUGUUAGUGCAAAUCACACUGAAUAUAUUUGUUUUUCAUUUUGUGUGUUAUUAAAAAAUGGGGCAAAGAGAUCAGAAUAUAAUCAUAGACUCUUGAAAAGAACAAUUUCCCCUUAUCCUUUAACGUAUAAAAGAAAAAAAAUGAAGACAUUAAAUUCUCAUCAGCAGAG